CAGCGGCGGUGGCGGCGCGGAGAGCUGGAAGCUGGAGCCCAGAGCUCGGCCCGGCAGCGCGAAAGGAGCAGCCGCAGGAACUGCAACCCUGCUAGCUUGGGCCGAGCCCAGUUACACUAGCCUGGCUGGUCCACGCCAGCCGCAGACAGUGGCUGAGCAUGGAGCUGUCCCCCCGCAGUCCUCCAGAGAUGCUGGAGUCGGAUUGCCCGUCACCUCUGGAGCUGAAGUCAGCCCCCAGCAAGAAGAUGUGGAUUAAGCUACGGUCUCUGCUGCGCUACAUGGUGAAGCAGUUGGAGAAUGGGGAGGUUAACAUCGAGGAGCUGAAGAAAAACCUGGAAUACACAGCUUCCCUGCUGGAAGCUGUCUACAUUGAUGAGACACGGCAAAUCCUGGACACCGAGGAUGAGCUUCGGGAGCUUCGUUCAGAUGCUGUGCCUUCAGAGGUGCGGGACUGGCUGGCCUCCACCUUCACCCAGCAGACUCGAGCCAAAGGUCGCAGGGCAGAAGAAAAGCCCAAGUUCCGCAGCAUCGUGCAUGCUGUGCAGGCUGGGAUCUUCGUGGAGCGGAUGUUUCGGAGAACGUAUACCUCUGUGGGCCCCACGUAUUCUACUGCAGUCCACAACUGUCUCAAGAACCUGGACCUCUGGUGCUUUGAUGUCUUUUCCUUGAAUCGGGCAGCUGAUGACCAUGCACUGAGGACCAUUGUUUUCGAAUUGCUGACUCGGCAUAGCCUCAUCAGUCGCUUCAAGAUUCCUACUGUAUUUCUGAUGAGUUUUCUGGAAGCCUUGGAGACAGGCUAUGGGAAAUAUAAGAACCCUUACCACAACCAGAUCCAUGCAGCCGAUGUGACCCAGACUGUACAUUGCUUCCUGCUCCGCACAGGCAUGGUGCACUGCCUGUCAGAGAUUGAGAUCUUGGCCAUCAUCUUUGCUGCAGCCAUCCAUGACUAUGAGCACACAGGCACAACCAACAGCUUCCACAUCCAGACCAAGUCAGAAUGCGCCAUUCUGUACAAUGAUCGCUCAGUGCUGGAGAAUCACCACAUCAGCUCUGUUUUUCGUCUGAUGCAGGAUGAUGAGAUGAACAUUUUUAUCAAUCUCACCAAGGAUGAGUUUGUAGAGCUGCGGGCCCUGGUCAUUGAGAUGGUGUUGGCCACAGACAUGUCCUGCCAUUUUCAGCAAGUGAAGUCCAUGAAGACAGCCCUGCAGCAGCUGGAAAGGAUUGACAAAUCCAAGGCUCUAUCUCUUCUGCUUCAUGCUGCUGACAUCAGCCACCCAACCAAGCAGUGGUCAGUUCACAGCCGCUGGACCAAGGCCCUAAUGGAAGAGUUCUUCCGCCAGGGUGACAAGGAGGCAGAGCUGGGCCUGCCUUUCUCUCCACUCUGUGAUCGCACCUCCACAUUGGUGGCCCAGUCCCAGAUAGGUUUCAUUGACUUCAUUGUGGAGCCUACUUUCUCUGUGCUGACUGAUGUGGCAGAGAAGAGUGUCCAGCCCUUAUCAGACGAUGAUUCCAAGUCUAAAAGUCAGCCCAGCUUCCAGUGGCGCCAGCCUUCUUUGGAUGUGGAUGUAGGAGACCCCAACCCUGAUGUGGUCAGUUUCCGCUCCACCUGGACCAAGUACAUUCAAGAGAACAAACAGAAGUGGAAGGAACGAGCAGCUAGUGGCAUCACCAACCAGAUGUCCAUCGAUGAACUGUCCCCCUGUGAGGAAGAAGCCCCACCCUCCCCUGCAGAAGAUGAGCACAACCAGAAUGGAAAUCUGGAUUAGGAAACUGGGGGCUGGCCAGGUCCUCACUGAGCCCAAAGUCUUCGAUGUCAUUAGCACUAUCCAUCAGGACUGGUUUCCCCAUCUGCUCCAAGGGAUUGUUUUGGUCAUGGGAGAGACAGCCCACCUAAGAGCCAAAUGUUGGAGCUGGUGGGGUGGGGGAAGUGCCCCUCUCCACCCAACACUCACUGGGGCACAAGCCUUGGGAACCACAGGCCCCAGGGGUCACUGUGCCCACCCCUUGCCUGGCCAGGUGGCUACUUGGGAGGUGAGCUUCCUGUGGGCUUCCUACAGCUUAGAGGGGAGGGUCAGAGAUGCCAGCCCCCUGGGCCCUCCCCAUCUUUCUUGCCUCCAAGUUUCUAAGCAAUACAUUUUGGGGGUUCCUCAACCCCCCACCCCAGAUCUUAGCUGGCAGGUCUGGGUUUUUCCUUCUCUUCCCCAGGAAAGGGCCAGAAUAGCAUAGGAAGCCGGCAGCUUUCAAAGCCUUGCAUGGGAAGGGUAGGUGUCCCUUCAGGUACCUUCCUAGGAUGAGGUAGGGGACAUCCUCUUGACCCCACACUCGUGCUUCUUCGACCCCACUCCCUUGAAAACUCCCUCUUCUGUGCCCAGGCAGUGGCUGGGAGAGGAGAGAAGCCAUUGGGAUUGUCUGAAGGAAGCCUUUCCUGGGGUCCUCAAGAACCUGGGGCUGGUCUGGGUUUGAGGGACUUGUUACCUGCCCUAGCUGAGUCUCUGGCCCUUUGUCUACUUUCCUGUCCCUGGGGAUUAGGAGGCUCUCAUCCGACCAAUGUCUGUAAAUGUUUUGAGGUCUUCCUUCAGGAUGUAUCUUAUAAGCAAAGGAAGGAGAGUACAGCUAGCCCCAGUGCAAGCAGGGUGAGAUUGUUACCCAGUAACCCAUGUUCUCACAGAGCAGGGCCUUCCUGCUUCCCUUCUCCCAGAAUUGGCCUAUGAAGAGAUGCCCUUCCCAUGGGACCCUGGUGGGUGGAAGGCAGAUGGGAAGGGGCUCAGAGCUGUUGUAACCUGGAGCACUCAGAGCAAGUACAGCCAGGCAGAGCCUUUUCCUGUCCUCAGGCUCCUUGCCCCACCUUGCCCCAGAUAAGGCUGAGUCCAGGUGACUGCCUCCUCCUGUCCUGUAAAUACCAGUCGUGCAUUUGUUCAGUGGGCCCUGUUCUUGUGAAGUCCACUCCAUGGUCAUUAGACCUGCCACUCUGAACCGCAUGUAACUCCCCCAUGCUCUUGGUCUUCCAGGCCCCUGCUGUAGGCAGAGAUCAAUAAAGAAGGGAGACUG